AGCGGUGCAUCAGCCGUGUCGUGUCGGUGAGGGAGAAAGUUCAGUCUCUCCCUUUUCUCCCUCAUAUUUUCUCCGACACAUUUGUAUUCAACUCCCCUGAGGAGCGAGCGGCCUCCGUCAACAGGCCGCCACUGUUGUUUUUAUUUAUUUGACUGUUUUUAAGCUUAUUUUGGACGCUCUUGGGAGAGAUUCCUACCCGGUGCGUUCAGGACAACUGGAGACUGGAGAGACUCGAGCAAGUUUCCACCCCCAUACACUCAGCGUGAGGAAUGAGAGGAAGAGAACUAACUCGCAUGUUUGAAUGAACAAAAGGCAGGAAAGCGAGGCUACUGGCGCCCAAAUGGAAGAAAACACAGAGCCAGGAGCUGCAUCUCCCCACUCAUAUCUGGAAAUAAACCCCACAAGGCCUGAACCAGAGGGGGAGAGCAGCCCCCUGAACACAGACAACUGCCAGAGAAUGGAGUCUCCAGCUAAGAAGGACGCAGGCCGAAGACUGACUACCCCCAGGAAAUCUGACAUCAUCGCUCGAUCGCCUGGAUCGCCUGCAUCACCUGCAUCACCUGCCCACAGGUCCAAACAAGACAUCAUGAAGUCAGAGGAGAGGCAGAAACUCGCCAAGGAGCGGAGGGAGGAAAAGGCCAGAUAUCUGGAAGAGCUCAGCAAGUUACAAGCCGCCAAAAAGACCCAAUGGCUGGAGAAAGAGGAGAAGGCACGGCAGUUGAGGGAGCAGCAGCUGGAGGAGCGCCGCAGGAAGCUCGAGGAGCAGCGGAUCAAGACGGAAAGGCGGCGAUCUGCCUUAGAGGAGAGGCAGAAGCAGAAACUGGAGAAGAAUAAAGAACGCUAUGAGGCGGCCAUCCACAGGUCAACUAAGAAGACGUGGGCAGAGAUCCGCCAACAGAGAUGGUCAUGGGCUGGUGCACUGAGCCAGAACUCCAGCCAGAAAGAGGGCAGAUGCUCUGUGUCAACGGUCAACCUCCCCAAACACGUGGACUCUGUUAUAAACAAGCGUCUCUCCAAGUCUUCCGCCACGCUCUGGAACUCCCCCAGCAGAAAGUUUGGGUCGGGGCAUGGCAUGUUGGACAUGCUCUGCAUGCUCCGUGUUCGUGUGUUGUUCUGUUCCGUCCUUUGGUUGGUUUAUUCCCGUAGCACCGCACUGAGUCCAUGGGAGAGCAGCAUUGUCGACCGGCUGAUGACACCGACGCUGUCUUUCCUGGCCAGAAGCCGCAGUGCCGCCAGCGUUCUCAGCAACAGCAAAGACGGCCAGUCUCCUCUGUGCCCACGUUCGGCCUCUGCCAGUCCCCUCUCCGUCUGCGCCCACCAACCACACCACCGGUGCUCCGACCGCUGGAGGGUGACGUCCAGCACACCAGACAUAACCCAGCGCCAAGGCAGGCGUAGCUCCACACCGCUGGAUAAAAACAAGAAAGAAAAAAGAGACAAAGAACGGGAGAAUGAGAAGGAGAAGAGUGCCCUCAGUAAAGACAAGGUGCUGAAGAAGAGACAGUCUCUACCCAGUAUGAGACACAGACCUGAUCCAAGUCCCAGUCCUUUAUCAAGACAACGGCCAUCAUCCCCAGCCACACCCAAGGGGAGAACCGCCUCCCCCAGCCCAGCUGCCUCCCCAAAACCACCGUCUACACGUGGAAGUCCGUCGACUCCUAAGGCCCGGCCCAAAAGAGCCAGGACCCCUGCAAGAACCUCGUCCCCCGUUCCUCUGGAGAGACUGAGGGAGCCUCGCAGGCCCGUCACCCCUGAGGGGAGAAAGGGUUCCCCCGUGGCUCCUGCUAUAGUAUUAUCCUCAGCUGCUGCCUCACCCCGUGCGUCCAGCUCAGCAGUGACAACCACAGUCACUUCCUCCUCACCUGAGCCGGUCCACUCCGCUCCUUCUGUUCCCGCAGUGUCACCAGCGCCCUCUCCGUCUGCCAAACCCAUGGCAGGCACCAACAACCCCGAGGAGGCCGCGCGCAUCCUGGCAGAGAAACGCCGGCAGGCCCGAGAGCAGAGGGAGCGGGAGGAGCAAGAGCGGCGUGAGCAGGAGGAGAAGGAGAGGGUCCUGAGAGAGGAGCGAAUAGCGAGGGAGGCAGAGGAGAGGCAACGCAGGGAGGAGGAGGCCCGUGCUAUGGCGGAGGAGCAGAAGAGGAGAGAUGAAGCCCAGCGGCUACAAGAGGAGAAGGAGGCUGAGGAGAGAGCCAAAGCUGAGCAAGAGGAGAACCUACGCCUGCAGAAACAGAAGGAAGAGGCCGAGGCUAAAGCACGGGAGGAGGCGGAGAAGCAGCGUCUGGAGAGGGAGAAGCACUUCCAGAAGGAGGAGCAGGAAAGGCUGGAGAGGAAAAGGCGUCUGGAUGAGAUCAUGAAGAGGACACGCAAGACAGAUGGAGGCGAGAAGAAAGAGACAAAGUCCUCCCCACUGGCACAUGUCAAUGACAAAGAAGCAGAAAGCAGCAAAGCAUCUGCUGACAACCAGCCAAAGCCAGAGGUCAAUGUGUCCAAUAACAAGCUAGAAAAUGGACAAACUGCCGUCAGAGAAAGCAGCCCGUCAGCACCAGUGGUCAACGGGGUUCAGCCUACGAGACACGAAAAUGGCCUGUCCACUAAAGAAGACACUGCCCACUUUGAAGACAUCAUCCAUCUCACCAAUCAUGGCAUCACCACGAACGGAACACGGGACAAGUCAGAGACCAGCAUUACCGCGGAGCCCAUACUCACGUUUGACAGCGAGGAGUCGUUCAUGAAGAAGGCCGGACCCAUGAAGCCGCAGCAUGUUGCAGAGGUCCUGUGACAGGUUCCAGUGUGGAAGUGCUCGUCGCCUCAGGACCCUGACCUUCGUUGGCCUGAGGACCGUUCAACAACUCUCAUCUGAGCCUGUGGGAGCAAAGCAGCGUCUGUGAAGAUGAAGUGAACUCCGGGAGACGACGACGGCUACGACGACAACGACGACAACAACGACGACCAAGCAACGCGACAACCAGACACAAGAGGAUAAAAGGAGAGUGACAGGUGCAAAUUAUGUGACACUGACUCCAGACACUUCAUCACCCGACCGUGUCAUCCUUUGUACAUGACAGUACAGCUGUGUAAUUAUUAUGAGAAGCUGAAAAAAAAAAGAAGCUUUUAAUGUCUUUCCUUCUUUAGUUAUUUAACUGAAAGAGAGACUUUAAAGACCGGGUACAUUUUGUUUUUGUGAAUAAUGUAAAUGAACUUUGUGUGAAAGGGUCUGAGGAUCAAAGCUGAAAGAAAGGGAGACAUUUUAACGACAAGGCCGAAGUCAAACCCAGGUUUUUAAAAUCCUGGUCUGUAAAAAGCGACGUUACGGAUUUUUGUAAAUUGAAACAGAGAAAUCUGGAGAGAGAGAGAGAGAGAACUGAUGCAACGGCUUCUGUCUGUGUGAAAACUCCUGCUCACACCUAAACCCCAGCUGGGAUUGAUUGUACGCAGAAUUGGAUGUAACAGCGAUCAUGCAACCAUGACAAUAAUAAUCAUUAAAAAAUAAAGAUCAGAGGCCAUCUAAGGUCAGCUCCACCAGUGAACAGUUUUCACGUUUACAAGCAUGACUCUCAGAUUCUCUCAGUAGCAGUGAGAUUUCAUGGACUCAUACUUAUUUGGUGCGUGUAAAUGCUAUAAAUAUAUUUUGAUGUGUGUUCUAAGGUCAGUGGGAGUAUCUUAAGUCUUAUUAAAGACGAUCUGUCCAGUC